AUGGCGAAGAAGCAAUCACCUCUUGCUCCCAACCCUCAUUCUCCUCGAGAGGUACACAAAAACCCUGACCCUAACCCUCUGGGGAAAAAGCAACCGCCUCCCCCUCCUAACCCUAACCUGUUGGCGAAAAAGAGGAGCGGAGCCGUCAUCAAGAAGCCCAACAACACCCAAGCCCCAGCCAACAACCAGGAAAAAGAAGAAGAGGAGGAGGAAGAAGAAACCGGCUACGAGACCGAAUCAAGCGAGGAUGAAGAGGGCGAAGAAGUAAACCAACCUGAAGCCAAGAGGCCCCAGCCCAUCUCCGCUACAGCGGCUAUCCCCGCCCUCAAGCCUCGCGAUGCCAGCGAGAAGCCAAACGGAAAGGACGCGGCCAACGGUGGAGGAGAUGAGGAGGGCGAGUCGGGCUCCAGUAGCAGCGACGAGGACGGAGAACGCCUGCCCAAUACCAAGAAGGCCCGGGCAGCCACCCCCGUGCUCAGACCCCGUGACGGGGGAGGGAAGCCGAACGGAAAAGGAAGAAACGCCGGUCCCAAGACCCCGUUCCAGCGGAUCUGGACCCUCGAGGACGAGAUAGGCAUCCUCAAGGGUAUGACUAGGUUUGAGGCCGAGCACGGCCCCGUCAAGAUCAACCCGGCGGGGAUCCGGCUUUUCCACGACUUUAUGAGAGACUCGUUGAGCAUCGAGGUUAGUGAUUCGCAGCUCUACGAAAAGGUUAGGAGGUUGAGGAGGAAGUACGAGCGCCGUGCGGCGAACAGAGGGAAAACAACCAGGUUCAGGGGAGCUCACGAUGAGGAAGUGUACCAACUGUCCGAGAGAAUUUGGGGGGCGGUGCCCGGUGACGAUACCGAGGCGAAGAAAGUCGCGGAACCUGAAAGGGCGACGACCGUGCCGGGCGGUAGUGAAGGCGCUGCCGGAUCAGGGAGUCUGAAGAGGAAGUACCCCUUCUUGCUGGAUGCCCUGGGGAGGUCCCUAUCUGCGGGGCUAAUGGAAACGUUUUACGACCCGGAGGACGCCAGGCUUUUGGAGGCCCAUUUUAAGAAGCAAAAGGUGGCGGAGAUAAAGUUGAAGACAGCAGCCUACGAAAAGUUUUUGGAGGAUAUGAAGAAGGCGAGUACGGAGUGAGUUCGGGAAGCUAAUAAGUCUCGUUGGUAACAAUUUAUGAUAUUUAGUAAUCAAUUAGCUGCUGCUGCUUUUGCAAGAAUUCCUUAGUUUUAGAAUUUGAUGCAAUUGUAGGGUUUAUCUCGGUUAAUUGGCAUAUGAACCGAGUUUGAUGUGCGGAUGUCGUGGCUUCA